AUGGCCAGCCCGUUUGCGAGAAGUCCGAGCAAAUUUACCCUAUUCCAAGGCUGCUCCGAGGCCAGGUCCAACGCUUCGAAUUUACUCUUGACGUUGUUCCUAAAUACCCUACGACCUGAGCAAGACCCAACCACUGUCGUAUACUUCAUGUCGGGCAACUGCGCCAGGAAGCCGAGAAGGUCUUUGAAGAGCUGGAGUUUAGACCUGCUUAACUUU